AUGGAUCAAGUGAUGUCAUUCGUAGAGCCCGGCCGACAGUUCGCCAAAGACUCGAUCCGUUUGGUGAAGAGGUGCACAAAACCGGACCGAAAAGAGUUCCAGAAGAUAGCGAUGGCCACAGCCAUUGGGUUUGCAAUCAUGGGAUUCAUUGGAUUCUUCGUCAAACUCAUCCACAUUCCCAUCAAUAAUAUUAUUGUUGGAUCCUAA